UUGACAGAGGAGAUCGGCCAGAUCUUGCAGUGCAUCUUGCUGAGAAGCAGGUAGCUCCGCCAGUAGUGUGCUCGAGAUACUGGUGUAUGUAGAAGAAAAAUGGAAGUCAUUGAGCUGGGAGAUAUUAACCUGAACUGUCCUGCCAACUGCCAAUGUCACAAUACUCAUUUCUUCGGACCUGAUAGACAGAUAAUAAGGAGAGGCCAAGCCUUCAACUUUUAUGUUCACUUCCAAAAUCGGGACUGGGAUGACUCUGUGGACCAGAUCGUUUUCACUGUGGAGACAGGCCUCAGACCCUGUGAGUCAAAUGAGACGAAAUGCACCUUCCCAAUGGGCAGAUGUCUAGAUCAAACCUGCUGGAGUGCUGCUUACAAAACUCAUCAGCCAAAAUGCAUCAAUGUCAGCGUGUUUCCUCCCUCCAAUGCCUGCAUUGGCCGCUACAUUUUCAAUAUACAAGUCACAUCUUGCGGUAAUACAUAUCAGCGGUGUCUUGGAGAUUUUUAUGUCCUUUUUAACCCCUGGUGUGCAGAUGACCCCGUAUAUAUGGACAAUCAAGCCCACAGGGAAGAAUAUGUUCUAAAUGAACAUGGGAUACUGUACGAAGGGGUUCACAAGCAUAUUACCUCUAGACCAUGGCACUUUGGACAGUUUGAAGAUGGGAUUCUGGAUAUCUGCUUGAAGGUUCUAGACAUGGGUGCAAGUUACCAUCACGGCUCUGAUCAAGACCGUUGCUGGCGCAAUGAUCCUGUGCACAUCAGCAUGGUGGUGAACCACAUGAUAAGUAGCCAUAACACUAACAGUAUCAUGAAGAUUCCAGAAAACAAUGAUUACCUGAAAGGAACUAAGCCAUUUUCCUGGAAUGGAAGUGUCCCUAUUCUUCAGCAAUGGUACAAUGGCAGAUGUAGACCAGUCAGAUAUGGAUACUGUGGGUCUCUUGCUGCAGUAAUGUGCACCGUGAUGAGGUGCUUGGGCAUUCCAAGCCGUGUUGUCACGACCUUCUGUUUUCCAUGCUCAAUUGAGAACCCCCUAGGAAUAAAUGAGAUUUUUGACUGUACUGGAAAAAACCUGUGUGGUAAAGACAAGCUAUGGCAAUACCACUGCUGGAAUGAGUCUUGGAUGGCCCGCAGAGACCUAAAUCAAUGCUCUGGUGAUUGGCAGUGUCUGGAUCCAACACCCUUGGAAACAGGCAGAGGUUCGACUUGCAGUGGUCCUACAUGGGUUCGAAGCAUCAGAGAAGGGGAACUGGAUUUGGACUAUGAUGGCCAUCACUUGUUUUCUCGGCUAAAUUCAAACUAUGUUGGCUGGCUUUCCCAAAGCAAUGACAAAAAAUCAAAGCUCUUCUGUGACACUUGGCCAUGCGGACAACAUCUGAGCACUAAAAGUGUUGGCAGUGACCUGUGUGAAGAUAUCACUGGGACUUACAAGUAUGAGCUAGGUUCUCUGAAAAGCAAGGAGGCCUAUUACAGGGCUUACAGAAGAAUUCACCCAGGAUACUGUAAUGCUUCCAACUGUCAUAUAGAUCGAGAACUAUCAUCUCUCCGUAACCCAUUUGUGAGUGACUCUGGUGUUAACAUGAGGCUAAAGAUGGCUAACUGCCCUAUGUACGGUGAAGAUGUCCAACUGCACUGGCUGCUUGAAAAUUUGUGUAAUGAACCCAAAAAUCUAAAUUUUAAUUUGUGUGCACAAAUAAUAACAUACAACGGUUGCCCAAUGGAUCAAUUUUGGAAAGACAAGGUGAAUGUCACCUUGGGUCCAAGGGAAGUGAAAAAAAUUCCACUGUGUAUAUCAUAUAGUCAGUAUGGACCUCAUCUCUGUGAUCACAACAUUAUGAAAGUAGUUGCUGUCUCAGAUCCAGAGUGUGGAGACGUUUUGAUGGUGAGCAGGGAUAUCGUGAUCAACAGGCCACCUGUUAUUGUGAAGCUAUUAAGCCAACCCAGGCUGAAAGUACCAUGCACUGCAGAGAUCUCCUUCUGUAAUCCUCUCCAGGAAGAUAUGAAGAACUGCAUAAUGACUUUAGAAGGCUGCGGUUUAUUCAAAGAACCAAUGACCAUUGAUUUAGGAACGCUGGCUUCCAAUCAACAGGCACGAACCGUUGUGGAGUUUACACCUUACAGGCUUGGUAAACACCGUCUCCUAGCCAACUUUGGAUGCCACAGGUUUGCCUACUGCAAGGGGUGUGUCACCACUGAAGUGUGUAACCCUGUGGGCCAGAAUGGCACGCUUCCCGUGAGCCAGAAUGGAUCGCUCCAUGUUUGUGAGAAUGGGUCCCUCCCAGCCAACAGCUCUGCCUCUGUCCCUGCGGGGAACCCUGGGUUGCAGUCGAUGUGCGAAUAUGUAUGUAUCCCAGUGUGCAACCCCAGCUGCAACUCAGGGGGCCCGCCCGUGUACGACUUUGUGUACCUCCCUGCAGGCCAUCCCUUAUGCAACUCCAUUUGCAACUCAGGCUUCAAUCCAAAUGUCAACCUUGGUUUUGAUCCUGGGUCUGAUCCUGGCUUCCGUGUUGUAUGCGAAACCAUGCCUCCCCCUACCUGUGUCCCAGUGCCUCCCACCAUGUACGGCUCUAUGCCUGUCCCAGCAUCCAACCCUGUGUGCACCCCAAUGCCUCAUGUGAUGUUUGAGUCAAGGCCUGGCUCCGCACACCAGCCUGGAGGGGGACCAAUGUCUUAUUCUGUGUCUGUCCCAGCAAAUAACGCAGUGAGUGCCCUACUGAAUCACUUUAUGGCUGGCUCCAGCCCCAGCUCAGCAUCCCAUGCAGUCCCUACCCACGUGUCUGCUUCUCCAUCCCACGCUGUGUGUCCUCCGAUAUCUCACUCUGUGCCACCACCAACAGCCCUUUCUGGACCUGCUGCCUCCCUCUCCCAUGUCCGUGGCCCUGCACCCUCUCCGACAUCUCAGCCUGCAUGCAGCUCAAUGGCCACCCCACCGUCCCAACACAUGAAUGGCUCGGUAGCCCACACCGUGUGCUCCUCAGGCCCUUGCCCAGGGGCUCCCCCAGUGCCCAAUGUCGCACGCAGCUCUACGCCAGUGCUAAACCGGGGCAGUGUCUCUGUGUCCCAUUCAGUGUGUGCCCCAGCCCCUCGUCCUGUGGGACUCCCCGCAGCCCACUCACUGUGCCCCCCGGCCUCCAUCUCCGCGAGAGCUGCAGCAGCAGGCUCUCCGGCUUCGCACCUGGAGGAUGUGUCGGCAGGCUGCUUCGUAUGCCCCCCGACCUCGCGUCCUUUGGGAGCUGCAACAGCCCGGUCUGUGUGCACCCCGGCAUCCCGCCCUGCGUCACGGGCCAUGUGCGCCCCGGCAUCGCGCUCACUGUGCGGCCUGCAGUGGGGUCCCUCGUGCAAUACCAUAUCACACUCGGCCUUGCACUCCACCUGGGCUCCCACCUCUCGGUCAAUAUGGGGCACCAUGCGGCGCUCUACCUAUACCCCCCUGCCCCGCACCUCGUACAGCGCGCUCUCACGCCCUGGUUACAACACCUUGUCCCACUCCUCUUAUAAGAACACCUUGUCUCGCUCUGUGUGUACCCCCCUGCCCCGCUCUACCUCUCCGUCAGCUUAUGCCACCCUUCCUCGCUCGGGGUCCCACUCUUCGCACACCCCCCUGCCCCGCUUGGGGUCCCGCACAACAUGGAACCCGGGUAAAAGCACUCUCACAGACUUUAAACGCAAAUAGGUGUAAUCAAGAGCAACCUGAGAAAAGCCAAAGCAAGUGAAUUAAAGUCUAUGUGCAGAUGCUUUGAAAAAGGUUAGACGUAGGGUAAUGGAGAGCAGCAUGUGUAGUCCUGAGUAUUUAUCCACACAUUUGAGAUGUGCCAGAAAGCAGGCUAUUAUCCAGUGAUUAAGAGAUGCAUUUGAUAUAAAACUUGUAUGUCCUGAGAUACAAUAUGGUGUUAGUGAGAAAUGGACAUGAGUGAGAAAUGGACAUGCUCCCUGCCGAGCUAUAGUGACAAUAGUUGCGCAGCGCAGGUAAUUGGACUUACUUGCUCAGUCAAACUGUUUUUAUAAAUGAUGUUCUUUCACUCUCUUUUCUCUUGAUUUCUUGCAAUGCAUAUAUCUCAGAUCUCCCUGGGCUACAGCACUCGUAGCAAAUCUCUCUCUCUACAUGAAAUCUGCUGUCCUUAGGAUUCUUCAAAGAAAUGGUAGCAGACAUUACAUCCCUUACAUCUUGCCUAACAGACAUUGGGCCCCUGAGUACUGAUAUUGUUGUGGCUCAGGCCAGUUCUGCAUUCACUCACAUUUCCUUAAUUAUGCUAUACUGAAAAUUGUGGAGGUCACAGAGUAAGCUAAAUCAUUACAAAUGAACUAAACUCUUUAAUUAAAAAAAAAAAAAGUGUUUGCAAUAAAUUUGGUAUUACUACUUCUGAGGUAUCACAGUUCCAAUAUGUGGAAUCUAAAGGUCCAAUCAGAAAAGCUGCAAAACUCAGUGGAUGUUUAAUGCCAAUUUAUUGGCAUUCACACCUGAAUGUGUUUUUUGUAUAGCACAAGCCAAGAUUUUCUCUUAUAUAUCGUAUGCUUUUAGGUUCAUGGGGAAAAAAUCUAAUUCCAGUUCUACUCCUUCAUGAUUCAAUAUAACUGGGAAACUUCUGUCACCAUGCUUGAGUUAAAGGAGGAGGUAUGAUGGCAUCCUUUCCUUCUACACCUCUGCCCCCAAUAACUUCAACUGAACAAUUAGGAAGGUGAAUGAAAAUGUGCCACAGCUUCUUCGCUUAAUUAGUUCAUUUCAAUACUAAUCUUGCACAAUUUUUAGGAAUACAAAUCACAUAUUGAUAUAAUGGAACAGUACCUGAGUUAUACCUCCUCUGUGUUUGUUUCUUAUAAGAGUUUUGGAUUUGCUGACACACCUCCCACCAUCUCCGUUAUUUUCCUCUAGUGCUCUGUUAUUUUUAGUAGAAAUUGUUAGUGGGGUUUUGCGGUAAAGUAAUUUUGUUAGUGCUGCAGAAUCUUCAGGAAUGUAGCAAUAGUAUUUCAGUAGUAUCACUGUUUUCAUAUCUCUAUGCAUUGUGAUGAGGUUGACUAAUGUUCUGGGGAGACUGAAAAGGUGUGCUGUCAAACAGUAUCUAUGAAUGUGCCAGCUAUGUCUAUUAAAUAGUAAAUCUCAGUAUGGUAGAAGAAAUCUUUGCUUGGAUAAUUAGUUGAGUGGUCAUAAUUAAGUUUUUUUUUUUUUUUUUGGUUUUAAUAGUCUAUAUUAGGUAUUUGCUAAGAAUUUAUUUGCCUGACUGACAAUAAAAAUAAGAGUUUAAAAACA